GAGCCGCGGCGCUGGAGCGGACGCGGAGCAUUGUGGGCAGCGGGGCGGGGGUUGGGAAGAUGGCGGCUCCCAGCCUCCUCAACUGGAGGCGGGUUUCCUCCUUCACGGGGCCGGUCCCCCGCGCCCGACACGGACACCGGGCCGUGGCCAUACGGGAGCUGAUGAUCAUCUUUGGAGGAGGCAACGAGGGCAUCGCGGACGAGCUGCACGUCUACAACACCGUUACGAAUCAGUGGUUCCUACCAGCUGUUAGAGGAGACAUCCCUCCAGGCUGCGCUGCACAUGGAUUUGUCUGUGAUGGCACCAGAAUAUUAGUGUUUGGGGGAAUGGUUGAAUAUGGAAGAUACAGCAAUGAGCUGUAUGAGUUACAAGCAAGUCGUUGGUUAUGGAAAAAAGUGAAGCCCCAUCCCCCUUCUUCUGGGUUACCUCCUUGUCCUAGGCUUGGACAUAGCUUCUCUUUAUAUGGUAACAAAUGCUAUUUGUUUGGUGGCCUGGCAAAUGAAAGUGAAGAUUCAAACAAUAAUGUUCCUAGGUAUUUAAAUGAUUUCUAUGAGUUGGAGCUACAGCAUGGUUCUGGUGUUGUGGGUUGGAGCAUUCCAGUGACUAAAGGGGUUGUGCCUUCACCAAGAGAAUCUCACACAGCUGUUAUAUAUUGCAAAAAAGAUUCUGGGAGUCCUAAAAUGUAUGUUUUUGGUGGAAUGUGUGGUGCUCGUCUGGAUGACCUGUGGCAACUUGACUUAGAAACUAUGUCUUGGUCAAAACCAGAAACUAAAGGGACAGUGCCACUUCCACGAAGCCUUCACACAGCCAGCGUUAUAGGAAAUAAGAUGUACGUUUUUGGUGGAUGGGUUCCACAUAAGGGGGAAAAUAUUGAGACUUCAUCUCAUGAUUGUGAAUGGAGAUGUACCAGUUCUUUUUCUUAUCUAAAUCUGGAUACGGCAGAGUGGACAACCCUUGUAUCAGAUUCUCAGGAAGAUAAAAAAAAUUCACGACCAAGACCAAGAGCUGGACACUGCGCUGUUGCAAUUGGCACUCGGUUAUAUUUUUGGAGUGGAAGAGAUGGUUACAAAAAAGCACUGAAUAGUCAAGUUUGCUGCAAAGAUCUUUGGUAUCUUGAUACUGAAAAACCACCGGCACCAUCACAAGUACAAUUGAUCAAAGCCACUACCAACUCAUUUCAUGUCAAGUGGGAUGAAGUGCCUACGGUUGAGGGGUAUCUUUUGCAGUUAAACACAGACUUGCCAUACCAAGCUCCAUCGUUAGAUUCUUCAGCUGCACUGAAUAUGCCAGGAGUCAGGAUGGACCCCUACAGACAAGGCACUAAUAACAUCAUUCCGAACAGUAUCAGUGAUACAGUAAACAGUGCAAAAACUGAACAUACAGGCAUGAAAGGAACUUUAAUGAAAAACACACCAGACUUCAAAGCAUCAACAGAUUCUAAUGCUAUUUUACAUUCAUCUUUGGCAUCUAAUGCUUCUAAUCAUAAUAGUGUGGAAGACAUGCUAAGGAAAAAUGAAGGUCCUCACACGUCAGCACACAUAGGUGUACUUAGUUGCCUGGACUUAAGAACAGUAGUCUCUGAAACUUCUGUAUCCAGUACUGUUUCCAGCACACAAACCAUGGUAACCCAGCAGACCAUUAAAACUGAAUCCUCCAGUACAAAUGGGGCAGUGGUUAAAGAUGAAACUUCACUAACAACAUUCAGUACCAAAUCUGAAGUUGAUGAAACAUGUGCUCUGCCUGCAAGUAAGAUCAGCCGUGUAGAGACACAUGGUGCAGCAAUGCCAUUCUCUAAAGAGAUUCCUUCAAAUCCAGUGGCCACAGUGAAAGCAGGAGAACGACAGUGGUGUGAUGUGGGAAUUUUUAAAAAUAAUACAGCUUUGGUGAACCAGUUUUAUUUGCUGCCAAAAGGAAAGCAAAGCAUCUCAAAGGUAGGAAACGCAGAUGUACCUGACUACAGUCUACUCAAGAAACAGGAUCUUGUUCCAGGCACAGGAUACAGAUUCAGGGUUGCUGCAAUCAAUGGUUGUGGAAUAGGCCCUUUCAGCAAAAUUAGUGAAUUUAAAACUUGUAUUCCUGGUUUUCCUGGAGCUCCUUCUGCAGUUAGAAUUUCAAAGAAUGCUGAAGGUAUCCAUCUUUCCUGGGAACCUCCAACUUCACCUUCUGGAAAUAUUCUGGAAUAUUCAGCCUACUUGGCUAUUCGCACAGCACAGAUACAAGAUAAUCCAAGCCAACUUGUGUUUAUGAGGAUUUAUUGUGGUCUUAAAACAUCAUGUAUAGUAACUACUGGGCAACUUGCAAAUGCACAUAUUGAUUAUACGUCCAGGCCUGCCAUUGUGUUCAGGAUAUCAGCAAAGAAUGAAAAGGGAUAUGGACCAGCUACACAAGUCCGAUGGCUUCAAGGUAACAAUAAGAAAGCACCUUUAAAUUGAAUUCUUUUUUCUUAACUGAAGCUAUUGUGAUGAUGAUUAUUUAUUAGUAACUGAUUAUAAAGAUUGUCAUUUAAGAGUAUUCUCUGGCUGUAUUUCUAGCAGUUAUAAAUCUGAGUUUGUAAAGUUGUUAAUAAAAUGUAUUUGCUUGAUUCUACAUACAAAUAAAAAUAGAAAAGAAGCAAAGACUCUGAAAAUUAGUAUAUGGGUUCUUCCUUAUAAGUGUAGCUCUUUUAUAAAGAAAAGUAGUAAAGUUAAAAGCUAGAAAGCUUUCUUACCCCAGUGUUGUUUAUAAAGGCUCUGUAACUCAAUCAUCCUAGAGUUCUGAGGUGAUUGUUGUAAUUGGCUAUUGUACACUGUGCUGUCUUAGAUAAUAAGUGUUCUCUACAUUGUAAAUGCCCUAUCUUUGAGUGUGCCCUCUGGCUUUAUUGUAUAGGAGCAGUGGUCCUCUAACAACUUUCUUCUUGGAUAAUACUUGUGAUAUUUUAGUAGCCAUUGGAUUCUUUUCUUUAUUUACAAUUGGCACAGAGCUUAAGAAAUUAUAAAAAGAAGAAAGGCAAGGUCAGAAACUGCUUUUGAAUUUUUAUUUUUCCAAGAAUCAUGGUAAAAUAUAAGAAGUAAUAAUGAGUUUUCUUGAUUUGUAUCAAGCAGAUAUAUUUGAAUAUAUUUUUAGUCAAAGCACUUAAUUUAUCUAUCCAUCAGUUUCCUCAUUAACAUAUGAGGAGGUUAAAAGAGUUUACCUUUAAGGUCCCUUUCAGCACUAAAAUAUUGUAUUUUCAUCAGGAGUGAAGUAUAUCCCUAAACAUUCCCAUCUGUCUUAAUGGCUCUAACUUUGCUUUUUAUUGAAAUUAAAAACUUCAUAAUUUAAAAUUAAAAAAUAGAUGUUCUCCUAUUGCAGAAAGAAGCACCUUAACAGGAAACAAGUUUUGAAAUAGUGUUUUAAACAUUUGUAAGAUUUUUGUAAAUGCUCUAAAUGUUUUAUUUUUGCAUUGUUUUUAUCUCAAAAUUGUAUAAAAUUUUUUACAAUGGAAAUAUAAACAGACAGCUCACUCAGGUUCCAGUACAACUUUAAAGAUGCAGAUAGACAUCAUGAACACUCUGCUGCAGGUAACUUGCUUUAAACCUGUUAGGAAUUUCGUGGUUCCUCUGCCUAUUCAAAUCCGAAUGAACAUGUAAGCAAUAAAGGCAGAAAAGACAUUUGAAUUAAGAUCUUCAAUAAUUGCAGGGGCAAAAGUCUAUCUUUCUUAAUACCACAUAACCUUAUACCAGUUUAGGUUGACUGAGUAGCUAUGUCCUCAAAUUUUAUGUAUAAUACUCCCAGCAAAGAUGAUUUAAUUGUGCAGAAUUGAUAUAUAUGUGUGUUCCAGUUACUAAUUUAAAGUGUAUAGAAUAUUUUAAUAUAUAAUUUUUGUAAAGAACUGGGAUUUUUAUACUACAGUAUUUGUAAUUAAUGUGUCUCACUAAUUAAAUUUUCUUGAAGAAAAUAUGCAAACUGUUAGACACGCAGUGAGUGGUUUCUGAACUCUAAAAAUAAAUGCACUACUAUGGUGUUGUUAGAAUACUUUUUUUUUGUGGUUGUAUGAAUCCUUAAUCUUCAAAUGUGUAUCUUACAAACAAUGUUUACAAGGAGCUUCUCUGGUUAUUCCAGCAACUCCCUUGGUGAGAGCUUCCUCUGCAUUUGUUUAACUCAUAUGCUUUGCUUUUGGCAUAUGCUUGCUUUUUGCACUAGUAGAAUAUUAACUUACCUCAUUAUUAUGUUUGUAAUCAUUUUAUAGCUUCCAUAAUGUGUCUGAUAUGGGCUAAAAAAGUACUUAACCAAAGUUAAAAUAAAUGGUAAGCAAUUUUGCACAUAUUAAAUGCUAGGGUUUGCUGUGUAUAUGUGUGUGCUUAGUUACAAAAAAAAUAAGAACUGAAAGUUAUAAUAAGUGUAUGUUUCAAGCCCAAUUAUUUUAAUGAUUCAUUUGUUUUAUUACAAAAACUCUUAACCCCUUAGUCUCUGCAGUAAUUAGUAAUUUUUAUCUUAAAGCACUUCUCUUAAUAACAAGGAAUAAGUUACUUCUAAGCAAAGAAAAGGAUUUUUUUUUGAGUGUGCACAUUUAUUCCUGUUUAGUAUUUGAUUUAGUUUACUUUGCUUAAAUGCCUCUACUGUUCUAGACCAGGAGAUGAAUAUGAAUCUGUCAUCCUAACAUAUGACUUAACCUUUUAGAGGAAAAGGCAGCCUUUCUAGACCAAGGGAUCUGUUAAAAUAAUGAUGCUUUCACUUUGAGGAUUAGCCCAGGUUCUGUUGCUAUUAUUUGGGCAUUUGUACAUUAAGCACCAAUCAUGUUUCUCAUAAGUAAUGAUGAGUAAUUCAAAGAUGGUAUUUAUCUCAUAGUAAUUAAAAGAUGCCAUUUAGAAAUCUCUGUGGCUUUGACAUUAAUAGUUAAUAAGAGAUCUUUGAGCUAUAUGUUCAUGAAUAGAACGAAUUAGGUAAAUAAUGAGAAAACUACAAGUUAGCUUCUUAUGAUUUGUACAUUUUCUAAGUGAUUAAGAUCACUUUGUGAAACAGUGGACUGUAUCAUGUGACAAUUUUUCAUAAGAGGACUUACCUUGAGUUAAAUUAGUUUCUUAACUCUUCCCAGUUGGAUAAGCAAUUUAGAUAUAACACACCUUUUCCUGUACUCCGCAACUUUGGCUGAAAUAAGUAAUGAAAUUAUUUUUGAUGUUGCAUGCUCUUAGAAUUUUGUUUUUAAAACAUUAUAUUGGCUUUAUUUAGUUCAGUAAACUGUUUUGACAAUUUAAUUAGAAAUAGGGUAUAUAUAAAUUCAAUUUUAUCUGUUUUUUAACAAUUUGAAAUAAUAUGAUUGCACGUAUGAGGCACCCAUGCCUCAUAACCCAAUUACAUAAAUGUAACCAUCUGUAGGAAGGUGAAACUGUUGUUCUGUUAUUUCAAAGACUUAUAGACUAGCAGAGAUUUGUUCUGAUUAGAUAUAUGGUCUAUAAUAACUAAAGAUAUUUUUAAAAAUUAUAGUACUUGUAACAAAAAACCAUUUGUAACAUUGCAUAUGAAGACAUUAUUAGUAUUUCAAAUUAUUUUAGCCUUCUGAUGAUAAGUGAAGUAGAUGCGAAAUAGGCUUGGUCUUUGAUGACUUGAGGUGUAACUGACUGUUUUGUUUGACAAGAUUGAUUUUAGGCAGUUUUAUGUGUCGUGUACCAAUGAUAUGUAAAAUAAAGCACCUUUUCUACCAUAAGCAAUUACAGGUGUUAUUUAUUUUGAAUUACAUUAAAGAAAAAUUAGUUAUGGCAGAGAAAAUCAGUAGAAGUGUUGAUUUCAUGGCAUUCAUUUAAAUUAAUAUAGACAGUCUCUAAGAAUGGAUUGUGUCUCAAAAUUUGUUUUUUAAGUUAUUGGAUUAUGGUUGAGAAUCCUUUUUCAUAGAAAUGUAAAGCUUAUCCAAUUCUUACUGUAGCUGAACUAAUAUGCUUGAAAGUAAAAAAGGCAAAUGGCUCUAAGAAAUAAUCUAAAUUUGUCACCUUUUUUUUUGUCUUCCAUUUAUUCUUAUAUUUCUUCCUGCUUUUCACUCUUUAAAUUCUCAGCGGCCAGGCUUCUGACCUGCUUCUCUAUUGAAAUGGCUCUCUAUUCAGAGAUUAGGGGUGACUUCCCAUUUCCCAAAUCCAGCGAACUCCUUCCUCAGACUUAAUCAAUGUCAUUUGAAAUUUUUAUCCAUUCCUGGGAUCCUGCCACACUGUUUAGUAUCUGCAGUGCUAUACUCUUUAUGUACCUCCUCCUGCCUACACUCCCCUCUCCCACUUCCACCAGUCUCCAUUCAUUUGUUCAAAAUUCAGUUUGGUAAAGCCUUUCCUAAUAUACUCCGCUUCCAAGCCGAUUUGACCCAUUCUUUCUGUGCCUCACUGUCCUUUGUGAAAUCUUCUCAUAAAGACAUGCCCUUAUUUGUUACCAUGUCUCUCUCCCUUUACUAAAAGGUAGGUAGGUCUCUGAGGCAUAGACGGGAUCUUUAUAUCCCUUCCAUAGUGGCCAGUUAGCUGGUGCCUAAAUAUUUUAAUAAAUGAAUACAGAAAAUUGUCACACUUCCCAAACUCUCAUUUUCCACUUUCAAAUUGGGGUCAAAAUGAAAGGGAGGUGUUGAAAGGGUUAGCGAUCAUAGCAGAUUUAAUAGACCUAUGGAGGAAUUCCAAAUGCUUCAGCUUUGACCCCACCCUGCUCUCACUUAGGUUCCCAAGAGAAGUUCUGGAAUAUAAAGGGGAUUUAAUAUAGAGAUAGAGGUUUCAAGAGGUCUUUGAUUUGAAUAAGUGUUAGCAUUUAAUGAAAUUAUGAGGCAUGGCUGGGUUUUUAACAAUGGAUAACCAAAACAAAUAAAAAAAAAACUGUUAAAAGUAUCUUGAAAUAAACUAACUACUUAAGCACAAGGAAGUGUUGGGGGACACAGAUACCAGAGUUGGAAGUACACUGGAUUCUAUUACGUUACGUAUCAAGUCAAGUCACUCUUGUCCCCUCUGAGCUUGUAGGACAAAAGAUUCUUAGACUCAGGAAAACAGAAUGACAUUGGCACAUCUCCCUUUCAAGGUUCCCAGUAACAUUUGUGUUACAUAUUUUUGUAACUACAGAAGGGGUUAGUAUGAUCAUCAUACCUGGAAAAACAGGCAUUACAACAUUGUAUACAACUUUCUAGGAGAGAAACAAUAAAUUUUAUAAGCUAAAUGAAGAGAAAAGAAGGCUAGUAAGUCAUAGGUAUAAGGCUGUGAAUGCUAUACAAGUGUUCCUCACUUACUGAUUUCAUUUUGCUGGUUCAACAGUCUUUGAAGACUGCUUAAAGAUGCCAAGGUGUUUACAUAUAACCUCUGAAGAUAAGAGUACAAAAAAGUAUGAAAUUGGUGCCAUAUUAGAUAUGGAAGCUAUAACAGUGACAGUUAUCCCCCCCCCAUCCUACCCACUUCCCUUUCAUCAUCUCCUUGCCACGAGACAAGAAGCUGAGGUAUACAUCAUUGCUAAGUGUGAGAAUUGAGGAAGGUACAAGAACCUUUUGUGUCUGAGCAUGUGCAGGUUAAAAAUAAGCAGCAGUAAGCUGGUGUCUGAAUUUGAACACACAGUAACUCCUGUCUACUAGUAUUCAUGGUCCACCAAACGUUCUGCUGUGACCUAGAGGGUUAUCCACUCCUGCUCCUAUCUGAGGAGAUAGAAGUUCUCUAAGAACUUAAGAGUUUCUUCCUAAUUUCUGUCUUCAUACUGGGGAGGGGACAAAAAGCUAUAGGCAUAGCACUUCCUAUUUCAUACAACAAAGCAAAGCAUAUAAGAGAGUGGGUAGUUUCGAAGAUCCAAGUGCUUGAUCCAAAAUCAUCCUGCUACCAAUUGAAGUUUAGCACCCCCUGCUGGCAUUGUCUAUUCCGACUUAAAUAUGGGGAAGAUUCUGGGUCUUAAUAGUUGUCUAGGGUUUUUAAAAUAAUCAAAGCAGUGCCUAAUUUUCUGAUGAGUUUGGCACCCUUUGCAAACCCAGGUGAGGUGUUUAGACCUGGAGAAGACACUUGCUACUUUCCCAAUCCUUAGGCCAGCCGUUUGCUGCUGGACCUAUUCUGCCCCAUACACCAACUCUGUAAACCAAGAUGGUAACUUUAGUCUGCCCUAUAUGGGUGCAACGAAUGUAUUGAAUGUUUCAAGAUCUAUUUAAUGUUUUUAAAUUUUUUAAUUGUGUAUAAAAUAAUUCCCUGUCAGGAGAAAUUACACCUUAAUUGUAUCUUCAUCCUGAAAAAUGGCAUUGAUGAUGAUAACCUUGGCAAAGACAAAAUUGCAAAAUUGUUAACAUCUGUGUGGCCAGUAAGGCACCUGUUAUCAAUGUGGAGAAACAGUCUGAACAGCUGCCAUGCACCUUCCAUGUUUCUGGAAUACUUAACUCAUAAGUGCAUUAUUGGAAGAAUGUGCCAGAGGAAAUUUGUACUUUUCAGAAGUCAACAGAAUUCAAUGAAGAGAUGGUGUCUUUGUCAUUCCAUUAUCUACUGUGUACAAAUAAUCAUACCCUAUGAACAAAGUAAGCAGUUAGCUGGAGUCAUGGCAGUGACUGAGCCAAUUUGGAAGAGUAAUACUAUAAUAGUACCAUCUUGUUGGAUCUUCACCCUAUAGAAAUCUACUUAACUUCUGUGAGGAAUAGUCCAUCUUGUUUCUAUUUUCAUAUUAUCAUGUAUUAUUCUGCAUUUUAAUAAUUGGUCAGAUAGACUAGUACAACAGUGGCUGAAAUGUCAGAUAUUUCUUCUUUAUUGAUGAAAGAAUGUAUUGCAUAACCUUAUAUAUUUUUUCUUUUAAAAUAUGUUAUAUCUAGUAAAGUAUACAAGCUAUGUAUGUAUGUAUGGUUUUGAAAAUAAUCACACAUACCUCUCUGUAACUCUGUCUUUCAAAUAAAGAAAAUAAAUCUUAAAAAAAAAAAAAAAGAAUCACACAUGUACUCAACCUUCUGCUUAAGGA